GACUCCUUGCCGUCAUGAGUUGCCAUGGCGGUCCCGGGCCCCGGCGGCCCCGGAUGGCCCCAAGGGUCGGUAGAUCCUCGGGUGCCCAGCGCAGUUGGAGCUAAUGGACUCAUUGGACAGGUUCCACCGAUGCCAUGUCAGGGGUCACCUGGCCAGCCUGGUAACCCUACGAAUCCUGGUGACUUUGCUGCACUGGGAUGCAAUCCCAAAUCUCUACCUGCCAAUGCGACCAAUGUGACUGUCAACGUCUUCAAUCAGCCCAUGUCACAGCCCAUGUUGGCGGCCUUACAGCAGAUCUUGGGAGGGAACUUCCCCACCGGUGCUGCUGGCACUGAUGGGUUGGGUCGGCCUCAAGCCGUUCCUGCAAUGGCUGCAAUGACAGCUCCAGCGGCGCCAGCACCACUCGCACCACCGGCGCCACCAGCACCGCAGGCGCCACAGGCGCCUCUGGCACCACCGGCUCCUGGGGUGCUUCAAGCAGCCCCCGUCAUUUCCAGAGCAACGCCCAAAUCGCAGGGUGCUGGGUCCACCUCCAAGACGAGUGAGAACGAUGCCAACAGACCGGCUAAGUCCCAGAUGGUUGGAUCCCUUCUCUCUGCCUAUGACGAUCACGACGAUGAGUCCGACAUGGAUGCAGAACCCGCGGCCGCUCCGGAAGCGACGGCAGAUGCGGGAGCCGUGGGAGCCGGGGGAGCCGCGGGAGCCGUGCCCACGGUGGAAUCCAGGAGUUGGUCCAAUUGGGAAGAUAUGUCAGAUCCUCGGUGUCGUCAUGGCAUCGUCAUGGGGAAGCAGCCAGAGGAACUCGUCUCAGCGUGGCCGCGCGAUUUGUCGCAGUAUCCUCCGGGAUAUCCACCCGCACAGCCCCCGGGAUGCUGCACGCAACGCUGCCACUGCAUGGAUGGCACAAAGAGGCCCCAGCAGUGGGAGGUGAAGAAGGAUUGGCUAGACGAUGACUCAGAGGAGGCGAAAGCUCGGGCCCAAUCUGCACAGAAGUGUGUGGAGGCACUGAGCACUCAAUCCUUUUGCUCACGGCGCGGGCGGGUGUCCAAGCAACACUUCUUGGAACCACAGGGCGACGCUGCCACAAGGGAGACAGAGGCCUUCCAGGCUCGAUCUGUGCUGAACGAGCUGAGCAAGCAGCUGGCAGAAGCCUUGCGCCAAGCAGUGGUGUCACUGCCGCGAAGCCAAAUGGUGGAUGGGUUUCCUAUUCCGGUGCGCUCUCUUUUACUAGCAGCUGGACUAGGUGCCGACUAUGCACCUCUGCGCAUUCGCGGUUUGUCGGAGGCUGUGCGGAUACGCUUUGACCCAAUUGGAGCAAGAGUCCUGCCGCAAGGACUGGCCGCAGGGGCGCUCCUGCGGCUUCAAGUCGUUCUCUCUGAGGGAGAGGUAGCUCUAGAUGUGGGCAGACUUCAAGACCAGCCAAGUGAUAUGAACACCUUGAGUCGCUCGGUAGGGUCAGCAAUUGCCAGGCUGCGGGACGUGUCGCCACCCUCUGUGCGCGACUGUUUGAUGCAGGGCUUUGAGGAGGUUUGGGACUCUCAACGUGGAGCCUUACGAGAGGCGCUUCCCAUUACGCAUGUGCUAGAAGUCUUGGAACGCUUGAGGAGGAUGGCCAGUUCUGCAGCAGUGGCGCAGUUAGGAUUGACAGCGGCGCCAGAGGUAGGUUGCUGUGGAUGUCCAACCGAUCCAUGGGGCGAUGCCAGUUCCACCAGUCCUGGCAGAGAUGAUGAAGGAUGGCAUGCCGCAAGAUCCAACUUUCCCUGCCGGAUUUCCGCCUGGCUUCCCUCCGGGUUUUCCGCCUGGUUUUCCACCGGGUUUCCCCGGCUUUGGUUUCCCUGGCGCCUUCCCAAUGAGGCCGUUCUUGGAUCCAGAGCUGGAUACACCUCCUGCGCCGUUGACCACCUCCAAGACAGCAACAAAGGCUCCACCUUGGCUCAAUGCCUUGCCGCUUCCGCCUCCUCCGAAGUCAACGCCGGUGCAAAUUCCCGAUUGGGCCCUUCAAUGACUUUGUCUUGCGCCCAAGGUCAUGCGUGAAAAUACCUUUGGCGCACUGAG